GGGGUGGGCGGGAGUGCGCUGAAGUCACACGAUAAAAAGGCUUUGCUCUUGGGAAAAAACUCUUGAUUCUUUCCGCAGCCUUCCGUUCUCCAUCGUGCGGUAUGAAGCGUCUACCUGGAUACUUACCCUCAUUACGCAGAUUUAGGUGACUUUCUUUCCCUCUCGACUUGGAUUCUACUUUAUGAUGAUUUUGGAUAUGUACCUUUGGGAUGAAGAGAACCCUUUCCCUGCCCGCCGAAGUAAGAUAAAAUAGGGUUUCGCUGACAUUGGAGUUACUCCUCUCGUUCCAUAUGAAGAAGUCAAACAUUUGGAUAUGCACCUGUGUCCAUUUAUUGCUGUACAUUACAGUUGCUGCCUAUUCCAGUGAAAUAGGAAAUCCCAUUACAGAUGACAUCAAGAAAAUUUCUUUGUUGAAACAGAAUAUUCCAAAAGACUACAAGAUUACAGUACGUUAUAUACCUAAAGAAGUGAGUGGUAUGUGCUGGGUGAAGUUAAAUGUAUUUCACUUGGAGGUGAGCUUAAAAGGCCUGGCGCAGAAGUUUGGGAACAUAUCCUCCAAUAAAGAUAAUAUAGGCACUUUUGUCCAAAUACUGCAAGAGAUGCGGUAUCACAUUGGACAUGGCUUGGAGGAUUCAAUGCUAGAAUUCGAGUGUCACUACGUAGAGGAGAUGUGGCUUACGGCAAAGUAUUUUGAAUUUGUGGAGGACUUUUUCAACACUGCCAAUUCGUCGAGAGAGGCCGAUGAUUGCGAGCCUCCACCGUGUCCCACAUCCACAAAAACAACAGUAACGACAACUACAACAGCGUCGACAACGUCAGCGCACCAUAGUACAAAUGAGAAACGUAACGGUUUGCCUGAUGACCCCAAAAAAGGGGUGUUCCUUCCGAAAGUUGUGGAGAGCAGUCUAAUGUCCCUCCUCGCCAUCCCGUUCAUCGCAGUGGUGUUUUUGUUGGUCUGGAAGAUUAAAUCCAGAAGAAACGCCCCCCAAACUGAACGGAGUCCGGAAGAAGGUCCCGCCCUUUUCUCAGGAGAGGAAGCCAGUGUACCCCCAUUAGAUGUGGAGAUAUCUGAAAAAAACAGAUUAAAUAUUAAUAUGGCAGUGUAAAUCCAGCCCCAGCUUAAUCAACGCAGUCAGUACUUCAGACGGCACAACGGACAGGAACAAACAAGCACCACCUCCGAAAGAUUCUCUUCCUGAACUUCUAGCUGUGAAGGACACAUACUGGCCUGAAAACUGCUCUUUGAGAACUAAUGCCCUCUCUUAUCAACCACUGCUGUACCCGUUGGGGUAGAUACGGUUGCUCCUUCUGAGAACUUCUGAGAGUCGCUCUUCAUGCUCUUUAACACUUCCUUCUCCUCUUGGAGACCGCAAGGAGACUGUGCAGGAGGAAUUAGAUGAAAAACAGAACGAAAGCAACACGGCAUUGGAUUCACCCGGAGAUGUCAAAUAGCCAAGCGCAUUUUUUCGAGCCCAGGAUUCGCAGUUCAGAAGGAGGGCAGCCAUAUUAUUGCUUGAGAGCAGAUGGCUAUCUAAAAGGAGUUAAAGCAGAAUCGACUACCUCCAGCUGCACUGGUCCAUCUCCUCCUUUCUUUCUUCAUCCUUGUUCUCUCUCUUUCUUUUGGUCUGGGCGUCCAGAUAGACGCCUUUUCAGUUUUUUUUGAGUGCUUGAAUCAGUAAAGUCAUUCUCAGAUUGUAUCAUCUGCUUUGUGAAUUGUUUUUAUUAUCACUAUAGACUGGUGGUGUGGACUUAAUUUAUUUAUUUUCUGAAUAUGACAUGACACCUGCAUGGCAUCAAGUAUCCAUCGAGAUGACGAAUACACAGUCAUCUCUACCUUAAAACAUAUCUCGCAAUCCUUAAUCGCUUGUGUAUUUCGACAGUAAACGCUACGUUCAUACUAGCUGCAACCUUGUAAGUACUAUUAUAGCUCCUCAUCUGAUAGAUGCUUUUAAUGCUAUAUAUCGAAUAUUAAAGUCUUUUCAGUACACCGGCAAUUAAUGCACUUAGUUCCGCUUUACAGCUUUUUAUAAAGUCUGUUUCAGUGUUUUUGAAGUCAUUUAGUAUAUAAAAAAAAAACCUCUGGUGGCUGCUAAUUUUAUAGACGACUCUGCAUUUGUCAAUGGUCAUGAGAGUUUUAUAGCGUGUAGAUUUUGAUUUAGAAUAAAAUCAGAUUUUCCUGCCAUUCCAGAAGGAAUUUUAUUAAAAUGCAUCAUGGGUCAAAACAAACUGAAGUAGUGUUACGGUACACCACAAACAACAAAAAUCGAUAUAUUUAAAUACAGAAAUUCAGUGGUCCUUUGACGCUGUCGGAAGAUCUCGCUAACAGUACUAAGUAACCGAAAUAUAUGCUUCUUCUCAUAUUUUUGUGCCUUUUCAUAGCAUGGCUCUCCCUGUAAAGAUUCUUUUGGAUAACCAGCCAUAUAUUUAUUACGAAAAAAAUAAAUAAAUAAUGUAAUAACGAUAUUGCACUAGUCAUAUAUAUAUAUAUAUAUAUUAAAAAAAAAAUAAAAAAUCAUCCUCUAGGACAUUUCAGAUGACUUUCCAAGAAAAGCAUAACACAAUCCGGUUCCAGCUUCGGUCUCCUGCUGAGUAUGAAUCAAUUUAUGCAUGUUGACAUCUGACGUCUUAAUCUGUACAUACUGAUUUAUGAUAGCUACGCCUCAUAUAGACAAGUGCUAAUGACUUUGAGACGAAACUCAGAGGAGACCAGAUUUGAUUUUGUACCCUGCUUUCUCCAACUGGUUGUAUUGAUCUAUAUCCUGUGUUGUGGGGAAUAACCUGUUGUCUGCCCAGUCUUUGUUUCCUUAGUUUUUAAGAUACAGCAUGUAAUGUGAAGUUGACAUUUGCUAAAUAAUAUCUUGUCCCGGUUAUGGUGGAUGUUUACAGAAACUCGUAUUAACAUUGGCAGCGAUGGAAUCGUCUCUCAUUGUAGUGUUCUAAUGGUUUUCAUGCAGUUAAUCCGACAAUCUGAGUCAUUCUGAAGCUCUCGAUGGGGCAUGUCAGUGAAAGUAUUUACUUUUUCCAUCACAGAUUUCCUGUAAACUGCUUUUCAGACCGUCUCAGUGUAGUUUAGGGCAGUGCUGGUCACAGAUGAUAAACAUGCAAGAUUCAUUUUUAUGCUGAAUUUGUUUCUGGAAAACUGAACUGGAAGUUCUCAGUCUGUCUAGAGGGUGAUGACGCUUCCUUUGGCGUCUUUGUCUGUGCCCUGAUAAGGAGUCAGUAAGUAAUAGUGACAGAUAAGCUGCACCAACUUCAAAAGUGGGAACAUUCCUACAGGUUGUAUAAAUUUUGUGAGUGAAAACUGUGAAAAAAGUGUGUCUUAAGACCCCCUGCAACACAAACCAUAGACCAUGUGAGCCACCCCAUGAAAUUCCCACCACUGCCCUGUUGGCAAAGUGUCGGAAGACACUGUUGCUCCAUUUUGUGACGCUGAGAUCAGAGGGACGUACAAGGGAACCGUUUUUCAGAUUUGGCACGUCCCAACUGCCGCAAUUGGAUCCUGCAUCAUAUUUGUAAGACUGCAGAACACAGCUAGUCAGGAAGCCAGUCAGGGUGCCAAAAGUAAAUAAGGAAUUGUGGCCCAGUCAUUGUCUGGGUGACAGUCUACUGUAUUCUGUAUUUUAUAUGAAUAUAUGCAAAUAUAUGUAUGAGAUGUGAAUAAAGUACAUUUAUCCACCAUUGCUGAGGCUUGGGUGGGCUUACUUCUCAUUAUGACUAAUAAAACCAUCAUAUUGACAGUU